AUGGUCAAAAAUAAGGAUAAGGCUGCAUCAGGUCAUAGAAAAGAUGCAUUAUGGAAAUAUAGCACUCAGGUGGAUGUAGGAGAAAGUGAUAAAAUAUAUGUCUAUCUGAAAUGCAAUUACUGUGAUAAAGUUGUGAAAGGUGGUGUGACUAGGAUGAAGGAACACCUUUCAGGCUCUCACAAGAAUGUUGCUCCAUACUCCAAAGUUCAUGAUGCUGUAAGGGAUGAGAUAAAGUCAUACAUGAAUAAGUCUACCACAUCAAAACAUCUUGCACAGAAGCAAUUUGAGGAUAGAGUUGAUGCUGGAUCUUACUAUGGGAGUGAGCGCAGCGUUAGGGAUUCAUCUUCUUCUAUGAAGCCCAUUUCAUCUAGGGGUGCUAGAGGGCCUAUGGAUCAUUAUAUGGUUGACACAUCAGAGGAUAGGCCUUCUACUACACAGAAGAUGGCCCCAGAAAAUGCAAGAGAGGCGCGGAGAAGAGUGUGUAAGAAUAUAGGCAGAUUCUUCUACGAAAAUGCAAUUCCAAUUAAUGUUGCAACAUCACCUGCUUAUUACAACAUGAUUCAUUCAGUUGGAGCAUUUGGAAGAGGGUUCAAACCUCCAACCAUGUAUAAUUUAAGAACAUGGAUUUUGAAGGAGUUGGAAAGCACUGAUAAAAGCAUUGAAGAAAUUAAGAAGACUUGGGCCAAAACAGGAGUAACAAUUAUGUCAGAUGGGUGGUCUGAUAUCAAACAUAGAAGUCUGAUCAACAUCCUCAUUAAUAAUCCUUAUGAUACUGUGUUUUUAAGGUCAAUUGAAGCAUCGGAUCAGGUCAAAGAUGUUGAGUUCAUAUUUAGAUUAUUAGAUAGCAUUGUUGAUGAGGUUGGAGAACAUUUGGUUGUACAAAUUAUGACAGAUAAUGCAAGUUCUUAUAAGACUACAG